AUGCGCCGCCGCCGUCCCGCGCCGCGCCUGGUUAUAAAGCCUCUCUUGGCGGCCGUCCUGGCCGUCCUGGCCGUCCUGGCCGCCGCUGCAGCUCUCGUGUGGAGCGCCGCCCCGUCCGCCGCGCUUGUCGAGUCCAUCAUGCCCAUCAUGCCUCGCUGGGAUCUGCAGGCCGUCCUGAGCACGGCUGCCGCCGUGUCGGUGGCUGCCCAGCGCGUCGUCAAUCUGUCUGGCCCCGGCUGGACGCUAUCCAACCCCUCGCUGAACGUGUCCGUCCCUGCCCAGCUGCCGUCGCAGGCUCAUCUUGAUCUGUUUGCCGCCCAAGUCAUCGGGGACCCGUACUACGCACUCAACGACUUCAAUCUGCGCUGGGUUGCUUGGGCCAACUGGACUUACACGUCACCUCCCCUUACAUCUCUACUAAACUCCAGUGCCUCGUCGACUUUUCUGCGGUUCGAUGGUCUUGACACCUUUACCAGCAUUGAGCUCUGUGGAGAGCACGUGGCAGCUACCAACAACCAGUUCCGUCAGUACUAUUUCGAAGUCACCGACAUUGUGAAAAAUUGCCCAACGGCCCCAGUGCUUAGCAUCAAUUUUGGAAGCGCCCCGACAAUUGCGGAUGAAAUAGCCGCUGAGCCGGGGCAAGAGACUUGGCCCUUUGGCGUCCAAGGCCUUUUUGAGUUCCCGAACCGACACUUCGUCCGAAAGGAGCAAAGCGACUUUGGUUGGGAUUGGGGCCCUGCCUUCGCCCCAGCCGGUCCAUGGCAGCCUGCCUUUGUCGUCGAACUUGGCCCGCACGAUAUCCACGUACGAAACACAUUGGUUGACAUUUACCGAUUGGGCCAGCUGAACAAUUUGCCACCUGACCAGUCCCAGCCAUGGGUACUGAAUGCAAGCGUCGAUUUUCUUGGUCAACUUCCGCCCGACGCCGGUCUAAGCUUUAGGCUUCGAGAUGCGGAGAACACCACCGUAACCUCCGGUGCUUUGCAAAACAUCACAACCGGCGAUGGUGUCAUCACUGGAACUACCGUGAUUCCCUCCGACAGGGUCGAGCUUUGGUGGCCAGCUGGGCUUGGCGCUCAGACGCUCUAUAGUCUUGACAUCUUUGUCAGUGAUGCUACGAACUCCUCCCUUGCAACAGUCCACAAACGGACUGGAUUCAGAACCAUUGUUUUGAACGAAUCACCAAUAUCAGACGAACAGCUGGCCAAGGGGAUUGCUCCGGGAAACAAUUGGCACUUUGAAGUCAACGGCCAUGAAUUCUACGCAAAGGGCUCCAACUUUAUCCCGCCGGACGCUUUCUGGGUCCGCGUUACAGAAGAGCGUAUUAAACAGCUCUUCCAGGCCGUUGUGAUGGGCAAUCAGAACAUGCUGCGAGUAUGGUCUUCUGGAGCUUACUCACCGGACUUCAUGUUCGAUCUCGCUGAUGAAAUGGGCAUUCUACUCUGGUCAGAGAGUGAGUUUGGGGACGCGCUCUAUCCGGUCAAUGAAGAGUUCCUCGAUAAUGUGCGUGCCGAGUUCACGUACCAGGUUCGACGCGUAAAUCACCACCCUUCCCUGGCCAUGUGGGCCGGUGGCAAUGAGUUGGAGAACUUGGAGCUCCCAACUGCUGAAGAGGCGUCUCCUGAGGAUUACCCACGCUUAUUGGCUGAGUACGAGACGCUCUUCCUCGACACGCUCGUUCCUGUUGUGUUUGGCAAUAGUAGAAGCAUCUCUUACGCGCCGUCGUCUACCACCAAUGGCUGGCUGUACCUCAACCACAGCGCCCCGAGGCCGAUGAUCGAGAGGUACGAGAACACGACUGAAGGCAGCAUCUACGGAGAUACCGACUACUACAACUACAAUUCCGCUCUCGCUUUCAAUUAUAGUUCCUAUCCUGUUGGUCGCUUCUCCAAUGAGUUUGGCUAUCAUUCAAUGCCAUCUCUUCAGACAUGGCGUCAAGCUAUCGACGAAGAGGACCUCUGGUUUAACUCAACUGUGAUUCAGCUCCGAAACCACCAUUACCCACCUGGCGGACUGAACACCACCAACUUCGCGAAUACCACCAAGGGUAUGGGUGAGAUGACUGUAGCAGCACAGAGAUGGUACCCAGUCCCCAACAAGGAAGAUUCCAUCGCCAACUUCUCUGCGUGGUGCCAUACGACACAGAUUUUCCAGGCAGACUUUUACAAAAGCCAGAUCAUGUUCUAUCGCCGUGGAAGUGGCAUGCCGGAGCGUCAGCUUGGAUCUCUGUAUUGGCAGCUAGAAGAUAUCUGGCAAGCACCGACGUGGGCGGGCAUUGAGUAUGAUGGGCGCUGGAAGGUGCUCCAUUACGUCGCCAAAGACAUCUAUCAAAAUGUCAUCAUUACGCCAUUUUGGAACAUCACGACUGGCGACCUUGAGGUCUAUGCUACUUCGGAUCUCUGGACAUCAGCCAUUGGCACCGCGAACUUCACUUGGAUCAAUUAUGCAGGCGAGCCCCUCAACAUCAGCACGUCGACUUCGGCGGCUGUGGAAAUAGGAGCUAUAAACACCACUCGCCUCCUCAGCACUAACACGAACGACAUCCUCUCCGGGAUCGAUCCUGCUGACGCGCUGCUCGUGCUCGACGUCACAGUUGAAGGGUCAUUGCCGAACACCAACACAACGCAGACGUUCACGCAUCGCAAUUGGUGGCACGCGAGCACUCUGGCUGAGGCCAAUCUGGUCGAUCCAGGUUUGUCUGUCACCCAUUCGGGAGAUGCGGGCAGCGGGACGUUCAUCGUCACAGCCGAGACAGGUGUGGCAGCCUGGGUCUGGCUGGAUUAUCCUGCAGAGGCGGUGGUGUUCUUCGACGAGAACGCAUUCUGGCUGCUUCCCGGAGAGAGCAAGGAAGUCGGGUAUACCGUGCAGAAGGAUGACACGGGCGGUGCGUGGGUAGAUGGCGUGACGGUGGGAAGCCUGUGGGAUAACACUCAGCCUUGA